CAGAAAGCCCAAAGCCCCCACCCCGACAGCGCGAGGGGAGUGGGAAAACGCGACCAAGUGGAAUGGUCUUGGUCUUUCCUUCCAUACGAAGGAACUCCUCCUCAACGAAGGCAGCGUAGAACAUUGACGCGGCGACGUCGUCUGCUUGUUGAGGUACUGCAAUUGGAUCGUCUCAUCCUUCUUCCCUCACCCAGACUUUUUCUUCAGAGUCGUGUCGCGAAUUUUGUUGAGACAAGCUCUCCGGCGUGCUUCCUUCUGGUCAAAACUUAAGGGGCUCGCCGGCAGGAGAUGAAGAGGAUCUUCGGCGCGAAGAAGGACAAAGAGCCUCCGCCUUCCAUCAAUGAUGCGUCUGAUAGGAUAAACAAAAGAGGGGAAAAUGUGGAUGAAAAAAUAAAAAAACUUGAUGCAGAGCUUGCUAGAUAUAAGGAACAAAUAAAAAAGACAAGGCCUGGUCCUGCUCAAGAGGCUGUCAAAGCUCGCGCCAUGAGGGUUCUCAAGCAAAAGCGGAUGUAUGAAGGACAACGUGACAUGUUGUAUAAUCAAACAUUUAACCUAGAUCAGGUUGCUUUUGCUGCUGAAGGAUUGAAGGAUGCUCAACAAACUAUGUCAGCACUUAAGUCUGCAAACAAGGAGCUGAAGGGCAUGAUGAAGACAGUGAAGAUUCAAGACAUAGAUAGUUUGCAAGAUGAGAUGAUGGAUUUAAUGGAUGUGAGCUCAGAAAUUCAAGAAACACUUGGUAGAAGCUAUAAUGUGCCUGAUGACAUUGAUGAAGAAGAGCUUAUGGGCGAGCUGGAUGCUUUGGAAGCUGAUAUGGACACUGAGGCUGAUGGUGUGCCAACUUACCUUCAACCUGAUAAGGAACCGGAUGUGGAAGCUGAACUCGACCUACCUGCUCCACCGUCAGGUCAUGCAGCAGUGCCUCUCAGGCCAACCCCUCAGGCUGAAGACGAAUUGGGUCUCCCUGCUGUACCUCGGGCUUCACUUCGUGGAUGAUAGCAUCUCGUCCUGUAAUUAUUUUCUGCUCCUUUCAUCAUGCUCAAGUUUUUAUUCUUGUGGGAAUGGUUUCCAGAAAAGGUGGAGUGAGAAGUGGAAAUUUAGCAUUAGGGGGGUUAAAGAUUGGCUGUUUGUUCAUGUAUCAAAUUACAACGAUCUUUUGACCAUAUAGACUGGAUAUGUUCUCAUAGCGUCUGUUCUGGGGUGCAAUUUGUAUAAAAAAUGAAAAAGAAAAAAAAAAGAAGAGGCUUCGUUUGUGCUUGA